UGUCUAGUCGGUGGUGGGGGUGUAUCAUUGGUGCAAAGGAGGACGAAACAAGGGAAUAUUGGCUGAAUUUCUCCGCACUUGGAGUACAGUUUUUGUCCCGCUGGAUAUCAGUUAAUUCGCCUUAAAAGUUGCGCACGGUUUAUUAACAUCUCCAUCUGGUGGCCAGUGUCUGAGCUCAGAUCAGCAGCAGCGGUGGCAGCGAUGGCACAGCGGAGCGGGCAGGAGGACCCGGAGCGCUACCUGUUCGUGGACCGGGCGGUGGUGUACAACCCGGCGCAGCAGGCCGACUGGACGGCCAAGAAGCUGGUCUGGAUCCCCUCGGAGCGCCAUGGCUUCGAGGCGGCCAGCAUACGCGAGGAGCGCGGCGAGGAGGUGCUGGUGGAGCUGGCCGAGAACGGCAAGAAGGCCUCGGUCAACAAGGACGAUAUUCAGAAGAUGAACCCGCCCAAGUUCAGCAAGGUGGAGGACAUGGCCGAGCUCACCUGCCUCAACGAGGCCUCGGUGCUGCACAACCUCAAGGACCGCUACUACUCCGGCCUCAUCUACACAUAUUCAGGACUUUUUUGUGUAGUCAUAAACCCCUACAAAAACCUCCCCAUCUACUCAGAGAACAUCAUCGAGAUGUAUCGGGGCAAGAAACGGCACGAGAUGCCGCCACACAUCUACGCCAUCUCAGAGUCCGCCUACAGGUGUAUGCUUCAAGAUCGUGAGGACCAAUCAAUUCUUUGCACAGGUGAAUCAGGUGCAGGCAAGACAGAAAACACCAAGAAGGUGAUCCAGUACCUCGCCUACGUCGCCUCCUCACAUAAAGGAAGAAAAGACCAUAACAUUCCACCAGAGUCGCCAAAAGCAGUGAAACUACAGAGUGGAUCCCUUUUUUAUGGCGAGCUUGAACGACAGCUCCUACAAGCCAACCCCAUCCUGGAGUCCUUCGGAAACGCCAAGACGGUCAAGAACGAUAACUCGUCACGUUUCGGAAAGUUCAUCCGAAUCAACUUUGAUGUCACUGGAUACAUCGUCGGGGCCAAUAUUGAAACUUACCUUUUGGAAAAAUCCAGAGCCAUCCGCCAAGCCAAAGACGAGCGCACCUUCCACAUCUUCUACCAGCUGCUGUCGGGGGCUGGGGAGCACCUCAAAUCGGAUCUGCUGCUGGAGGGCUACAACAGCUACCGCUUCCUGAACAACGGAAACGUCACCAUCCCCGGGCAGCAGGACAAGGACAACUUCCAGGAGACCAUGGAGGCCAUGCGCAUCAUGAGUUUCAACAACGACGAGAUCCUGGCCAUGCUGAAGGUGGUGUCUUCUGUGCUACAGUUUGGCAACAUCAGUUUCAAGAAGGAGAGGAACACAGACCAGGCCUCCAUGCCUGAAAAUACAGCUGCUCAAAAGCUCUGUCACCUGCUCGGCAUGAAUGUGAUGGAGUUCACGCGCGCUAUCCUGUCGCCCAGGAUUAAAGUGGGCCGCGACUACGUCCAGAAGGCACAGACCAAGGAACAGGCGGACUUUGCAGUGGAGGCUCUGGCCAAGGCCACAUAUGAGCGGUUGUUCCGCUGGCUAGUGCACCGCAUCAACAAAGCCCUGGACCGGACCAAGCGGCAGGGAGCCUCCUUCAUCGGCAUCCUGGACAUUGCUGGCUUUGAAAUCUUCCAGUUGAAUUCCUUCGAGCAGCUAUGCAUCAACUACACCAACGAGAAGCUCCAGCAGCUGUUCAACCACACCAUGUUCAUCCUGGAGCAGGAGGAGUACCAGAGGGAGGGCAUCGAGUGGAACUUCAUCGACUUUGGCCUGGACCUGCAGCCUUGCAUUGACCUCAUCGAAAGACCUGCGCAUCCCCCGGGUGUGUUGGCCCUGCUGGACGAGGAGUGCUGGUUCCCCAAGGCCACCGACAAGACCUUUGUGGACAAGCUGAUGCAGGAGCAGGGCACCCACACCAAGUUCCAGAAGCCCAAGCAGCUCAAGGACAAGGCCGACUUCUCCAUCAUACACUACGCGGGACGAGUGGACUACAAGGCUGACGAGUGGCUGAUGAAGAACAUGGACCCUCUGAACGACAACGUGGCCACGCUCCUACACCAGUCCACCGACAAGUUUGUGGCAGAGCUCUGGAAAGACGUGGACCGUAUUGUGGGUCUGGACCAGGUGGCAGGCAUGAACGAGACGACGUUUGGUGCCACGUAUAAGACCAAGAAAGGCAUGUUCCGCACAGUGGGCCAGCUCUACAAGGAGUCCCUCACCAAACUCAUGGCCACGCUCAGGAACACCAACCCCAACUUUGUCCGCUGUAUCAUCCCCAACCACGAGAAAAGAGCGGGUAAGCUGGACCCCCAUCUGGUGCUGGAUCAGCUGAGGUGCAACGGUGUGCUGGAGGGCAUCCGUAUCUGCAGACAGGGCUUCCCCAACAGAAUCGUCUUCCAGGAGUUCAGACAGAGGUAUGAGAUCCUUACGCCCAAUGCCAUUCCCAAGGGCUUCAUGGAUGGAAAACAGGCUUGUGAGCGAAUGAUCAGAGCCUUGGAGCUGGACGCUAACCUGUACCGGAUCGGGCAGAGCAAAAUCUUCUUCAGGACAGGAGUUCUCGCCCACCUGGAGGAGGAGCGCGACCUGAAGAUCACAGACAUCAUCAUCUACUUCCAGUCCGUAUGCAGAGGAUACAUCGCGCGCAAGGCCUUCGCCAAGAAGCAGCAGCAGCUGAGCGCUCUGAAGGUUCUACAGAGGAACUGUGCUGCGUACCUCAAACUACGACACUGGCAAUGGUGGCGGCUAUUUACCAAGGUGAAGCCGCUGCUGCAGGUGACGCGCCAGGAGGAGGAGAUGCAGGCCAAGGAGGAGGAGCUGAUCAAGGUGAAGGAGCGCCAGAGCAAAGUGGAGACCGAGCUGGUGGAGAUGGAGAAGAAGCACCAGCAGCUCCUGGAGGAGAAGAACAUCCUGGCGGAGCAGCUGCAGGCGGAGACGGAGCUGUUUGCGGAGGCGGAGGAGAUCCGCGCCCGGCUGGUGGCCAAGAAGCAGGAGCUGGAGGAGAUCCUGCACGACCUGGAGUCCCGCGUGGAGGAGGAGGAGGAGCGCAACCAGGCCCUCACCGACGAGAAGAAGAAGAUGCAGUCGCACAUACAGGACCUGGAGGAGCAGCUGGAUGAGGAGGAGGCGGCCCGUCAGAAGCUUCAGCUGGAGAAGGUGACGGCUGAGGCCAAGAUCAAGAAGAUGGAGGAGGACAUCCUGCUGCUGGAGGACCAGAACUCCAAGUUCCUCAAGGAGAAGAAGCUGCUGGAGGACCGCGUGGGAGAGAUGACGUCCCAGCUGGCCGAGGAGGAGGAGAAGGCCAAGACCCUGGGCAAGGUCAAGAACAAGCAGGAGAUGAUGAUGGUGGAUCUGGAAGAGCGUCUGAAGAAAGAAGAGAAGACGCGGCAGGAGCUGGAGAAGGCCAAGCGGAAGCUGGACAGCGAGACCACGGACCUGUCGGACCAGAUCGCAGAGCUGCAGGCCCAGAUAGACGAGCUGAAGGUGCAGCUGGCCAAGAAGGAAGAGGAGCUCCAGACUACCCUGGCCAGGAGUGAUGAGGAGGCGGCCCAGAAGAACAACGCCCUGCGGCAGGUGCGGGAGCUGCAGGCCCAGCUGGCCGAGCUGCAGGAGGACCUGGAGUCGGAGCGCGCGUCCCGCAACAAGGCCGAGAAGCACAAGAGGGACCUGGGCGAGGAGCUGGAGGCCCUCAAGACCGAGCUGGAGGACACGCUGGACACCACCGCUGCACAGCAGGAGCUCAGGACCAAACGUGAGCAGGAAGUGGCGGAGUUGAAGAAGGCCAUCGAUGAGGAGGCCAAGAACCACGAGGCCAUGAUCCAGGAGAUGAGGCAGAGGCACGGCACCGCGCUGGAGGAGCUAUCGGAGCAGCUGGAACAGGCCAAGCGGUUCAAGGCCAACCUGGAGAAGAACAAACAGACGUUGGAGAGCGACAACCGGGAGCUGUCCAACGAGCUGAAGAGUCUGCAGCAGGCCAAGGUGGACUCGGAACACAAGAGGAAGAAGCUGGAGACGCAGUUCCAGGAGAUGAUGGGCCGCGCCACCGAGGGCGACAGGGUCAAGACGGAGCUGACCGACCGCACACACAAACUACAGACGGAACUGGACAACGUGUCCACAUUGCUGGAGGAUGCGGAGAAGAAGGGAAUCAAACUGGCCAAGGAUGCUGCCAGCCUUGAGAGCCAGCUGCAGGAUACCCAGGAGUUGCUCCAAGAGGAGACUCGCCAGAAGUUGAACCUGAGCACCCGUAUCCGGCAACUGGACGAGGAGAAGAACACGCUGUUGGAGCAGCAAGAGGAGGAGGAGGAGUCCCGUAAGAACCUGGAGAAACAGCUGGCCACCUUACAAGCCCAGCUACUGGAGUCCAAGAAGAAGCUCGAGGACGACGUGGGGGCCAUGGAAGGCCUGGAGGAGGUGAAGCGCAAGCUCCAGAAGGACAUGGAGUGCACCAGCCAGCGCCUGGAGGAGAAGGUCAUCGCCUUCGACAAGAUGGAGAAGACCAAGAACAGGCUGCAGCAGGAGCUGGAUGACCUCAUGGUGGACCUUGACCACCAGAGGCAGAUCGUCUCCAACCUUGAGAAGAAGCAGAAGAAGUUCGACCAGAUGCUGGCUGAGGAGAAGACCGUGUCAGCGCGGUACGCCGAGGAGCGGGAUAAGGCCGAGGCGGAGGCGCGGGAGAAGGACACCAAAGCCCUGUCCAUGGCCCGGGCGCUGGAGGAGGCCCUGGACGCCAAGGAGGAGCUGGAGAGGCUCAACAAGCAGCUCCGCACCGAGAUGGAGGACCUGAUGAGCUCCAAGGACGACGUGGGCAAGAACGUCCAUGAACUGGAGAAGUCCAAACGCACACUGGAGCAGCAGGUGGAGGAGAUGAGGACUCAGCUGGAGGAGCUGGAGGACGAGCUGCAGGCCACAGAGGACGCCAAGCUGCGUCUGGAGGUCAACAUGCAGGCCAUGAAGGCCCAGUUCGACAGGGACCUGCAGGCCAAAGACGAGCAGGGCGAGGAGAAGAGGAGGCAGCUCGUCAAACAGGUGCGGGAGAUGGAGGCAGAGUUGGAGGACGAGCGUAAGCAGCGAGCGCUGGCCGUGGCCGCCAAGAAGAAGCUGGAGAUGGACCUGAAGGACCUGGAGGCCCAGAUAGAGGCGGCCAACAAGGGCCGAGACGAGGCCAUCAAGCAGCUACGCAAACUCCAGGCCCAGAUGAAGGACUACCAGAGGGAGCUGGAGGAGGCGAGGGCGUCCCGCGACGAGAUCUUCGCCCAGUCGAAAGAGAACGAGAAGAAACUCAAGAGUCUGGAGGCCGAGAUUCUACAGCUCCAGGAGGACCUGGCUGCAUCAGAGAGGGCGCGGCGCCACGCCGAGCAGGAGAGGGACGAGCUGGCAGACGAGAUCUCCAACAGUGCCUCUGGCAAGUCUGCCUUGCUGGAUGAGAAGAGGAGGCUGGAGGCCCGCAUCGCCCAGCUAGAGGAGGAGCUGGAGGAGGAGCAGAGUAGCAUGGAGCUGCUCAACGACCGCUUCCGCAAAACCGCCAUGCAGGUGGACACGCUGAAUACGGAGCUGGCGGCGGAGCGCAGCACGGCCCAGAAGAGCGAGAACGCGCGCCAGCAGAUGGAGCGGCAGAACAAGGAGCUGAAGGCCAAGCUGCAGGAGAUGGAGGGCAGCGUGAAGAGCAAGUUCAAGGCCUCUAUCGCCGCCCUGGAGGCCAAGAUCACACAGCUGGAGGAGCAGCUCGAGCAGGAGGCCAAGGAGAGGGCAGCAGCCAAUAAGAUCGUGCGGCGUACGGAGAAGAAGCUGAAGGAGGUGUUCAUGCAGGUGGAGGACGAGCGCCGCCAUGCCGACCAGUUCAAGGAACAGAUGGAGAAGGCCAACUCGCGCAUGAAGGCCCUGAAGCGUCAGCUGGAGGAGGCGGAGGAGGAGGCCACGCGGGCCAACGCCAACCGCAGGAAACUGCAGAGGGAGCUGGACGACGCGACGGAGGCCAGCGAGGGACUCAGCCGAGAGGUCAACUCACUCAAGAACCGACUCAGGCGCGGCGGCCCAGUAGGCUUCUCAUCAGGCCGCUCGGGCUCGGGGCGCCGCCAGCUGCAGAUGGAGGAGGACGGCUCAGACGACGACGCAGACAGCAGAGCCAGCGACCACAAUGAGACGCCCGCCACCCCCGCCGAAUAGACCACCCAUCUCUCCCUCUCCUCUGCCACCCCGCCGAAUAGACCACCCAUCUAAUCUCCCCCGGCCGAAUAGACCAACCAUCUCUCCCCUGGCCGAACUGACCAACCUUCUCUCCCCUGCCCGCCACCUCAGCUGAGUAGAUCACCUAUCUGAUCUCCCUCCUGCCUCCCCCAACCCCAGCCCAGGCCCAAUAGACCACCCAUGAUCUCCCUCUUCCCUGCCCUCCCACCCAGUUUUACUACCCCCAUCCUGACUGCCAGUGUGACGUACUUCCCCAGCUAACCAUCCCUCUCAUGGCCUGUCUCAUGGCGAGUAUGCAGCAGCUGCACCUCAACACUACGUCACCCAGCCCACCUUUACCCUGCUCUGCCCUCAAACACACAUCUCAGCAAACUAUUGUACACACACACUCACACAAAGAAAACACACACACAAAAACACACACACACACGACUCAAAGGUCACAAAGUCACACACACACACACACACACACACACACACACACACACACACACACACACACACACACACACACACACACACACACACACACACACACACACACACACACGUACGUACACACGUACGUACACACACAGUAAAAAAGACUCCCUGGGGAACUGCUACUCUGCCUUAUUCGUCUCUGGCAAAGUUGUGUGGCCUAGCGAGCUAACUAGCUGCCGCUCCUCACCUCACCUCACCUCACCUCACCUCAGCGCUCUCCACACCGUCUUACAGUGUUACUACCCCCACCCCCAGCCUUCGGAAAACCAUGAAGUACUCUUGCUUUACUAUGAAGGGACAAACAAAGAAAACAAGAAAAGCAAACAAAAAAAAGAAACGAAGAAAAAAAUAUUGAAUACGCUACUCUAGGUACAAGUGCAUUUUUUUUAAACGUAUGAACUGUGUUGCAGAGUGUGUGCGUGCACUCAGAAGCUACAUGAUGUAUGCGUGCGUGUGUGUACAUGUCACAUGCUUACAUGUCACAGUCAUACGAUGUGUCUGGCCCUCCGCAGCCGAGCUAAGCAUCUCACUAUAGACGGUGUUUAAGUGUACGCACAUGUAGACCACAUGUAUGUUAUGUACCUUAGGUAUGCGUGUAUGUGAGCAUGCCACAAUCCACGCGUCCCGGUCGGACGUGUGGCGGUCAGCUGCAUAUGAACUGUGUGUAAGUGUACCCGUGUGCAAACGGCACAUGUAUGUAUGAAUGUGUACACACCACACAUCACGCUCAUGUGUGGCCUUCCCCAACAAUGCGAUAUAAACCACUCACCUAUAGCAAGACGUCACGCCACACCUACCUAGAUGACCUUUCUGACCUUCGCCCCCCUCACCCGACCACUAACAAGGCAGCGCUGCCCUGCUGCUUGUCCUAUCGAUAUGUCACCGCUGACGUUGUUGCUCUGGUUGGACCGAUGUCUGUUCUUCAGUGACAGAACUCUGUGAAAAAAAAGCAUCUCUGUGAUUUUUCCCCCCCAUCGCCUGACUCUUGGCUUCUACGGUGGACACACAUGGCAUGGACUUGGAAAACAAAACAAACAAAAGGACAAAAAAGUUUAAACUGUGAAGUUUCAACCUGCCACUACAUCUCUUGAUAGAAAUGACAAAGCAUUUGUUCAUGCUUUAGGAAUGCUUCCAGGUCUUAACUGGUUGUUGAAUUACAGUAACCCUUUUUAAUGUUA